CUAUAACCAUCACCACAAUCAACCACCAUGUCCUCCCCCUCACCCCCCAGCGAAACCAAACCGACCCUAACCGGCUCCUGCGCCUGCCACCACAUCCAAUACACCACUUCAACCCUCCCCCUCAUCCUAAACAACUGCCACUGCACAACCUGCCGCAAACAAUCCGGCGCGGCGUACCAAACCUGGGCGAUCUUCCCAUCUUCCAGCAUCGUCUUCAUGCACGGCGAAGCAGACCUCCUCGUGCGACGGUCCAGUACCUUCGCGACCCGCACGGCGUGUUCGCGCUGCGGAUCGAGUAUCUCCAUGCGGUAUGAUUUUAAUCCCGAGGGGGUGGGGAUUGCGGCGGGGACGAUUGAUUCAUCGUCGGGUUCUGAGGUGGUGCCGAGGCCGGCGAGGCAUAUCUAUCUCAAGGAGAAGGCGGGGUGGUUUGAGGUGCCGGAGGACGGAGCGGAGAGGUGGGAGGGGCAUUUUGAUGGGGUGAGGGAGGUUAUUCAGGGGAUUUUGGGGGAGGAUAAAUGAGUAUGGGGUUUAGUAGGAUUACGAUGAGAGGAUAGACUUGACUUGUACAAAGAAUGAUGGUUAAUGCGUAU